AUGCAGAUUAUUCUCAUAUUCACUCAAAGCACCUUAACAACGAAGUCACUUGUACAAACGAUUUUUGUGGAUGGCGAUGAUGAUGGUCCAACAUUAUACGCCGCCGUACUUGAUUUCGAUGGUGAUGGCGUCGAAAAAUGGGCUUAUGGAGCAUCAAACGGAGUGCAAGUGGGUGAUGAAUGUCAAAAUUGUAGAGGUGUUUGGGUUGAUCAAGAGAAAAAUGUCUACAUGGCUGAGUUUUUGCGACAUCGUGUAGUAAAAUGGUCGCCUCAGACAAAUACUACGGCAAUUGUGGCCGGUCGAACGAACGAAAGUGGAUCGACAGCCGAAUAUCUCUUAUUGCCCUAUGACAUCUAUGUCGAUGCAACAGGAAAUGCAGUCUAUGUAGCUGAUAGCGGUAAUAAUAGGAUUCAAAAGUGGACGAAAGGUGCUCGAGAAGGGAUAACAGUCUCUGGACCAAGUAAGAUUACUGAAGAUGAUACUGGUGCAUGGUUUAAUCCAACUAGUAUAUGGAUUGAUGAAGAAACUCGUGUUAUAUUUAUUGCUGAUAGAGUUUACAAUCGAAUACGACGACGGUUACCUAACGCACCAAUAGGAGAAACCAUUGCUUGUGGCUUUGAUAUGUGCAGACAAGUUUUUAUCUCAUCAAAGAAAGAUGAUCUUUAG